AUGACGAGAGAAAUAGCUGAUGAAGUUCCAAAUUUGGCGGAGUCAAAGUUAACAGCUCUGGUGGUCGAUGACAAUUUCGUAAACCAAAGCAUGCAUCACAAACUGUUGGACCGGCUAGGGAUUAAAAACGACGUCGUUUGUAACGGCAAAGAAGCAGUCGACGUUCAUUGUUCCGGCAGAAACUAUGAUCUAAUUCUCAUGGACAUGGACAUGCCCAUCAUGAACGGUAUUCAGGCGACAAAGAGACUAAGGGAAAUGGGGAUAGAGAGCAAGAUAGCAGGAGUAACGACAAGAGCAAACGAAGUAGAGAGGAAAGAGUUUAUGGAAGCUGGCCUUAAUGACUUUCAAGAGAAACCUCUCACCAUCUCCAAACUUAUAUCUAUUCUAAUUAAACUUGAUUUUUACGUCCAAACCUAA